AUGGCCAAUAUUGCACUCCAUGACCUGCGUGCCCUACAAAGCACCCUCAACGCGGCAAUAGAUGUUUACGAGACAUCUCCUGAUCCAGACACGACAGCAGAGAUCAACAAAGCUGCAAAAGCGAUCGCAGCGGGGACGCGCGGUACAAGCACCGACUUCAUCGGUCUCGGCUUCCAGCCUCUCAAAAACACGGUCAUCCGCAUCGGAAUUGAUCUCGACCUGUUCAACAUCAUUGAGGAAAACGUGACGUUGGACCACUCGCCAGCAAAACAGGAGCACACCCGAGCCUCCUAA